AGACAGAGAGAGAGAGAGAGAGAGAGAGAGACUCUACAUCUGCCCCAGGACUCGGUGCCAGUCACACGGACCCUCAGCGACCCUGCGGUCUGGUGGGUGUGGGUGUGCGCGCCGGUCGUUUCCGCUACAUGGCUCGGAACUGGUGACCGCUGCUGCUUGUCGGCACAUCGCAUCACAUCGCUGCCCUUUCCUGUGCAGCAGCGGGCAGGAGGACUGGUUGCGACACCACUGUAGAGAGUAUAUAUAUACAUACAUAUAUAUAUAUAUAUAUAUAUAUAUAUAUAUGUAUGUAUAUAUAUACACACAACGGGAUUUGUGUAUAAGCUCCUCGGCUGGGAGAAGCCGUGACCCCGUUACACCAGAACCGCUGAGUAUGCAGUCUUUGAAAUGAAAGAGGGAAAAGGAUAACCUCGUGCCGUUGUAGACAUGAGAGCACCGAGGAGCACGUGAAGAUGUCCCAGAAGGCCACGAAAACAUGGUGCUUUAAGCUUCUCCCACUUCUCCUCUUCUUCAUCAUCUCCUUCGUCACGUACUACUGUUCCAGUGCCAUACUGCAGAGCUACGGUGGCACCAGCAAGCCCCUGAACAGCAGCAGGAUGCUGUGCGGCGGCUGGCUGACGCAGAAGAAGUGGGAGAGCCUUAACCUCAACAUUAGCAGACGGACGCGGCUCUUCCUGCAACUGGAGGACUUCUUCUGGCGGGAGCAUCUGUCAAAUCUGGCAUUGCCGUACGGCAUCAAAGGCAGCGAGCUCCUGCUACUCAAGGUCCUCGCCGUCACGGCGAAUUAUCAGGUGCCAGCCAACAUCGAAAAGCUUGAAUGCAGAACCUGUGUAGUCGUAGGCAACGGCUUUGCUAUUAAAAACAGCUCCCUGGGAAGUCUGAUCAACCAAUACGACGUUGUCAUUCGGUUGAACGACGCCCCGGUGAGGGGCUACGAGGAGGACGUGGGGAACAAGACCACCAUGCGGCUCUUCUACCCGGAGUCGGCCUCCUACGACCCCGGGCUGCACAACGAGCCCGGCGCGCUCAUGGUGCUGGUGCCCUUCAAGCAGCAGGACCUGCGCUGGCUCAAAGAAAUCCUCUAUGAUGAGAAGAGGGUCAGGAAAGGCUUCUGGAGGCCGCCUCCCCAAAUCUGGCUGGGCGAUGUGAGUAAAAUCCGAGUGCUGGACCCCCACUUCCUGCACCAGACUGCGGACAGACUGCUCCGGAUCCCCCUGAACCCCGGGACCAAGCAGAAGCCGGUGCAUCCCACCACGGGCAUCCUCGCCGUGUUCGUCGCCCUCAACUACUGUGACGUGGUCCACGUGGCCGGCUUCGGGUACCCCAACUCAAAGAGCCAAAGGGUGCCCAUCCAUUACUACGGCUACGACACCAUGAGGUCCAUGAAGAAUUCUUACCAUGACCUCAACCAUGAAGCGGAAGCCUUAAAAAGACUGGAGGAUUCGGGGUCUAUUUUGUACCUGCACCCACAUUUCUGAUAAACACACACACGCACACACACACACACACACACACACACACACACACACACACACACACACACACACACAGAGUUCGAUCUUAAUGUGCCUUCUGCAGAGGGACACGAGACAUUCUGCUGGUGCGUUGACGCUGCUGCGGUGAAAUUAAAUGUAGUAGUUGUCCACGUCAAAGUGCGUCCACUAGAAGCCCCUCGCUGUCGCCACCGACAGGUUCAGAUUGUAAUUGUUCUACGUGUCUGACAACAUAACGGAUAUGAUCCGUACAGAUAAAGGUCUAUAACUGUCGGUAUAGACAAGAAACAGCCAUUAUAACGCUCAAGACAUUCAAAGUGCACCAGACUCCUACCGCUGCCUCGAGUCCAUCAGUCAGUGUGGUUCUUUUACUGGAGUAAAGGAUGUGAAUAAUUCUUCCACCUCCGACAGUCGCACGGUAAUCUCGGAUUGUAGUGGAUCCUGGAUAAUCCUAGCGCUUUUUCAGAUGUUUUAAAGGCCACGUUAUCGUAUGGAGCAGUCGCGAUAGACCUGUAAAUGCCACAUCGAGCGUCAAGCAUUUCAGAUUUUAUUUUCGGGGGGGGGGGGGGGGGGGGGGGGGGGGCGGCGGCGGCGGCGGUCCUUGGUGGUGUCCAGAGAUUUCAUGUAAAACGAAUCAGUAGUAGUACAGAUGAUUUUAUUAUACACUAGGUUGGGUCUUUCUUCUGAGCUCAACGUCUAUUUUACAGUUAUAAAAACAGAAACAAACAAAAAUAGUUGUGCGUUUGUAUCUGUGGGGGAUUCUUCUUCUGUGAACUUUUUCAAUGUAAAGUGAAA